AUGCCUGCCCCCAUUGAGAUUGUCGAUCCCGUCGUCGUGGUGCGCGAGCUUCACGCCGACGAGGACUAUGUCAUGACUGCCUUUGAGCGUCACGCCAGUCACUGCAUCAAGUGCGCUGACCCUCUCGAGGCUCAUCUCCAGGGUCGCACUCUCUGUGACCGAGGCCACCAGUAUGCCAUCGACGUCGCCGAGUACCUCUACAGCAAGAACGGCAAGGCCCACUCGGUCGUCGACCAGGAACUCAACCAGCCAACCCUUGUCAAGAUCCCUCGAGACUGCGAGGCCGUCCGUUCUCUCCUCCUCGCCAUCGAGGACGGUCUGCGCAUCCACCGCAAGGAAAACAACCACCCCCCAGUCAUCAGCUACGACCAGACUUACCCCAUCGCUCCUCGUCGACCAGUCGCUCCCCAGCAGCCUGUCCCGUCCAAGGAAAUCAUCGAGCGAGAGCCCAGAGCCACCAAGCAGCGUCGCCAUGUCAUCGUCUACCCAUCUCCUCGUGGCUCUCCCAGCCGAGGCUCCCUCUAUGACUCCGACGCUGUCGACCGUAUCGAGCGCUCGUAUGAAUCUUCCCGUGUCUACCGACCAAACGGCUACCACCGUUGA